GGCGGUUGGGGCGGAGCUUCCGGAAGGUUCGGGAGGCUUCUGGAAAAGGCUCCGCGCGCUGGGCGGGCCCGCUGCUAUAUAAGGGCGGCGCGGGGGCGGCCGGCCAGUUGCUCCGGCGUCCGGGUCCCGCGUGAGCUCGAACGAUCGCAGACGGUGCUUUCGCCAAGAUGCCGGAGGAGACGCAGAUGCAAGAGCAGCACAUGGAGGAGGAGGAGGUGGAGACGUUCGCCUUCCAGGCGGAGAUCGCGCAGCUCAUGUCCCUCAUCAUCAACACUUUCUACUCCAACAAAGAGAUCUUCCUGCGGGAGCUCAUCUCCAACUCGAGCGACGCCCUGGAUAAGAUUCGCUACGAGAGCCUGACGGACCCCAGCAAGCUGGAUUCGGGCAAGGAGCUGCACAUCAACCUGCUCCCCAACAAGCAGGACCGCACGCUCACCAUCGUGGACACGGGCAUCGGCAUGACCAAAGCCGACCUCAUCAACAACCUGGGCACCAUCGCCAAGUCGGGGACCAAGGCCUUCAUGGAGGCGCUGCAGGCGGGCGCCGACAUCUCCAUGAUCGGCCAGUUCGGCGUGGGCUUCUACUCGGCCUACUUGGUGGCCGAGAAGGUGACGGUCAUCACCAAGCACAAUGACGACGAGCAGUACGCCUGGGAGUCAUCCGCCGGUGGCUCCUUCACAGUCCGGACUGACGUAGGUGAGCCAAUUGGCCGUGGGACAAAGGUGAUUCUGCAUCUAAAAGAAGACCAGACCGAGUACCUGGAGGAGCGCAGGAUAAAGGAGAUUGUCAAGAAACACUCCCAGUUCAUCGGCUACCCCAUUACUCUAUUCGUGGAGAAGGAACGUGAUAAGGAAGUCAGUGAUGAUGAGGCUGAGGAGAAGGAAGAGAAAGAAGAGGAGAAAGAGGAGGAGGAAAAGGAAUCUGAGGACAAGCCUGAGAUAGAAGAUGUCGGUUCUGAUGAAGAAGAGGAAGAAAAGAAGGAAGGGGACAAGAAGAAAAAGAAAAUUAAGGAGAAGUACAUUGACCAUGAAGAACUGAACAAGACAAAGCCUAUUUGGACCAGGAACCCAGAUGAUAUCACUAAUGAGGAAUACGGGGAAUUCUACAAGAGCCUGACCAACGACUGGGAGGACCACCUGGCAGUGAAGCACUUCUCAGUUGAAGGACAGCUGGAAUUCCGAGCUCUUCUCUUCGUCCCCAGACGUGCGCCCUUUGACCUUUUCGAAAACCGAAAGAAAAAGAACAACAUAAAGUUAUAUGUCCGCAGGGUCUUUAUUAUGGAUAACUGUGAGGAGCUGAUCCCAGAAUAUCUGAAUUUCAUUAGAGGUGUCGUGGAUUCUGAGGAUCUCCCUUUAAAUAUUUCCCGGGAGAUGCUGCAACAAAGCAAAAUAUUGAAAGUUAUUAGAAAGAACCUGGUCAAAAAAUGCUUAGAGCUCUUCACUGAACUGGCAGAGGAUAAGGAGAACUACAAGAAGUUUUAUGAACAGUUCUCUAAAAAUAUUAAGCUUGGGAUCCAUGAAGAUUCUCAGAACCGGAAGAAGCUUUCUGAGCUGCUUCGCUACUACACAUCCGCCUCAGGAGAUGAGAUGGUUUCUCUCAAGGACUAUUGCACCAGGAUGAAGGAAAACCAGAAACACAUCUACUACAUCACAGGUGAAACUAAGGACCAAGUGGCCAACUCGGCUUUUGUGGAGCGCCUUCGGAAGCAUGGCCUGGAGGUGAUCUACAUGAUUGAGCCCAUCGAUGAAUACUGCGUACAGCAGCUGAAAGAAUUUGAAGGCAAGACACUGGUGUCUGUCACCAAGGAGGGCUUGGAGCUGCCAGAAGACGAAGAGGAGAAAAAGAAACAGGAGGAGAAAAAGACAAAGUUUGAAAAUCUCUGCAAAAUCAUGAAGGACAUCUUGGAGAAGAAAGUGGAAAAGGUGGUUGUCUCCAACCGGCUGGUGACGUCCCCGUGCUGCAUAGUCACGAGCACAUACGGCUGGACGGCCAACAUGGAGAGAAUCAUGAAGGCGCAGGCACUGAGGGACAACUCGACCAUGGGCUACAUGGCAGCCAAGAAGCACCUGGAAGUGAACCCUGAUCACUCAAUCAUCGAAACCCUGCGGCAGAAGGCUGAAGCUGACCAGAAUGAUAAGUCGGUCAAGGACCUCGUGAUCCUACUCUAUGAGACGGCGCUGCUUUCCUCGGGUUUCAGCUUGGAGGACCCCCAGACCCAUGCUAACAGGAUCUACAGGAUGAUCAAGCUGGGGCUUGGUAUCGACGAGGACGACCCUGCAGCUGAUGAGAGCACUGCCACUGUCACCGAGGAGAUGCCCCCACUUGAGGGGGACGAUGACACCUCCCGCAUGGAGGAGGUGGACUAAGGGGCCCCUAUAGGUCCCCUGCCCCCCCCCCCCAGCCCUGGCUCAGUUUCCGUACCCUCCCCAUUCAUGACAACUUUCUUUAUUUUUGUUAAGAUUAAAAACAGCUGUAUGGCAUGGCCUAAACUACUGCUUAGGGAGGAGAUAAGAUUUCUUUCGACUUCUAAGUGUGAUACUGUGACCUCUUAGCUUAGCAGCUAGAGCAAACCUAGUGAGUUUUGUGUUGGCUUCUUUUCCCAGAGCGUUAUAAGAUGUAAGUAUGUGAUCUAGUGUUCCUUUGUGUUCUAAAGCAGUGAGCGACCAAACAGAUUCCUUAACUGACCAAACCUUCUGUGACUGAACUAUGGAGAUCUGUAUCUUCAUGUUAGAGGGAUUCUUCUGACCAACCAUAGACCUUUGUCACCUGUCCCUGUUGUUCAACUGCAUGUCCCGGGCCUCUAGAAAUGAGUGUUAUUAUUGCGCUGGCCCAGCCAUAGAGCUUGUUUCCCAAAGAAAAAGACUGUUGAGCGCAACGCCACAUCCCCAGGCAUGUUGUAAAGCUGUUUGCAAGCAGCUCCACAAUUGUUGAUGGAAAUACAGUGUCUUGCUUCAAGGGGCAACAAUACAAAGGAAUUAAAUUAAAA